AUGGGACACGGUUUUGCUCAGCAGGAAGUAAAACCGCAAUGGGAGGAUCCUUUGGAGCUCGGUUAUCGUAAAUGUAUUCUUUACGGAAUGAGUGCUGAUGACGUUGAUUCGGUGAGUGUUUAA